AUGGGCUUAAACGCUUUCCGCAUAAUUGCCGAUCUUUCGCAUCUAUCGUCCAAGUUGAUUUUGAUAUGGGCGAUCCAUAGCAACCGCAGCGCCGAGGGUGUAUCUCUCAUCACACAAGGCCUUUACCUUCUCGUCUUUCUAACACGCUAUGUUGAUCUCUUCUGGAUGCGUUUGGCGUGGUGGCACACUACGCUAAAAAUCUUCUACAUACUCUCCUCCUCACAUAUAUUACUUCUUAUGAUGAUGGUUUUCCCCCGGACACAAGAGCCUCAGAAGGCCUUGAGAUUUGGUGCAUGGUGCUUGGGAGGGUCUCUUAUUUUAACAAUGCCGGUCACCGCUAUUAUAGACGGAUAUUUUUUUUUCGAGGAGAACGUUUGGGUUUUUAGCAUUAUCCUUGAAUCCGUUUGCAUUCUUCCCCAGCUCCUCCUUCUCCGGCGGACUUCAAUCCCAACUGUCAUUGAUUCCUAUUAUCUUGUCACUCUUGGGUCCUAUCGUGGAUUCUAUAUUCUCAACUGGAUCUGGAGAUAUUACACUGAAUUACAUUUUGACCCCGUCUCCUCCAUUUUCGGUGUCAUACAAACCGCCCUUUACAUCGAUUUCGCUUGGGUGUAUUAUAGUCGCCAACGAAUUAAAUUGCGAGGUGGCGCUUUAAUAGACAAGGACGAAGUUGGACGUGGGUGGCUUAUUAGCCGCAUUCUCGGUGGGGAUAGACACGUUGACCAUCAAGAAGAACUAAGAGAUUUUGAUGUGCAGAAUGGGGGUUACAAUCAUCGUAGCACAAGUAGGCUUCCUCAGCAUUGGGGCCCUCGAGGAAUAUCUGUAAAUGCGGAUGACGGACCCCUUGACUUAGAGGGGGACGCGGAUGCGCAGCAUCUACUCGCGGAUCCGGAUCAGUUUGAGGUUGGGAUCAGGAGGAUGUAG